GUGGGGUGGAGGCCCGGGAGUGGAGACAUUCCUCAACUUUGUGGGACGUGAACAGUGAUGGUGGGCAGGGAGGAGGGGCUGAUGCGGCCCGGUUACUCCGUCUCCUAACUUGAGUGGGCCUCUGCAUACCAGCUGUUUGGGAAGGAACUGCUCACCCAGGCUUCCUGGGAAAGCCGUCUACUUAGAGGGCAGGAAGAGAACAACAGGGUCCUGGGAAAGUGAAGGAGAGAGUGAGUGACCAGGCCUCCAGUCCAGGGGGGAGGGGAUGGAAGGGGAGGAGGACGUGGUUGUUGCUCGUCUGGGAGACUCAGGAGGUCUCGGCUGAGGUCUUGGCUGGUGGAAAAACCUGGCUUGAUGUGGCCCCAGGGAAGUGAGUUGCGGGAGGCGGAGACUGCUCUGGUGGGAAGCAGAGCAGAGAUUUCCCCCCCCCACACUUUGGGAAUUUUUAACUCUAUCUGAGCCACGUACUUGACACCAACACCACCCCAAGCCGUUUUUUUUAAAGGAACUAUUCACUUCCCAUCCUGCACCGACCUGUGUCCCUAUUUGUGGGGAAACCAGUCACCCGUCCCCAUCUGGCCACAGGCUGGGGGGUGGGGGGGGUCACCGGAGGUAACACUCUAGGAGGAGGAGGCCAGAGUCGAGGGAGGGGAUGGGAGGAGUCGUCACAGGGUUUAUUUUGUAGUACCGAUGUUUUCCUCCCCCCCCCAAAACUCUUCCCAUCCCACGUCUCUCCUUUACAGCCAGAGGUCUCAAAAAAAUCGCCCUCCCCCCCCAAAUCCGCGCACCCACCGAGGCGGCUCCCGCACCCAUCCCCGCCCGCACCGCCGGUUCAGAGGUGCCACGCAGCUGGGGGGGGGGAAGGGGACCCGGGGAGCCGGCCCCUCCGGGAGGGGGCAGCCGGAGCGGCCUUCCUAAGGGAUCUCACCUCCUACCCCCGGGGCCACCCCUCCCUCCCAGGCCCGGAUCCCUCGGCGCCUCCAUUUUUGUUCCGGGCCCCGGGAGGCAGGGGCUCCGGGGUGGGCAGGAGGGGUCCGAGGGAUCCGGUAAUUCUCGCCCGCCCGCCGCCCGCCGCGGGGAGCGGGGCGCCGCGCCCCCUCCUCCCUCCCUGCCUCCCUCCUCCCGGCCCGCACCCCGGCAUCCCCUGCCACCUUCCUCGGGGUCUCCCCCCCUCCCGCCCCUUGUUGCUAAGGCCCGGACCGUCAUCCCAGCAACAGCCUCAGUCAUGUGACCGGCAAUGGCGGCGCGGACGGGAGCUCUGGCCAGCUGAAUGUGGAAGUAGAGAGACUUCUGGCACCACUCCCAUGGUCUUUUCAGGCCACACGAUCUCCAAGUAGCAGGGAAAAGGAGCGAGCCUGCAUGCCAAUUCUAAGCUCUUCCGGAUCAAAAAUGGCAGCCUGCGGAGGCACCUGCAAGAACAAAGUGACCGUCUCCAAGCCCGUGUGGGACUUCCUGAGCAAGGAGACCCCAGCCCGGCUGGCCCGGCUCCGGGAGGAGCACCGAGUGUCCAUCCUCAUCGAUGGAGAGACUUCCGACAUCUACGUGCUCCAGCUUUCCCCGCAGGGCCCUCCCCCGGCCCCUCCCAAUGGGCUCUACCUGGCCCGCAAGGCUCUCAAGGGGCUACUGAAAGAGGCCGAGAAAGAGCUGAAGAAAGCUCAGAGGCAGGGGGAGCUCAUGGGCUGCCUGGCUUUGGGGGGUGGUGGGGAGCACCCUGAGCUGCACCGCCCAGGUCCGCCUCCUCUUCGGGCAGCCCCGCUCCUGCCCCCAGGAGCACGCGGGCUCCCCCCUCCCCCUCCCCCCCUGCCCCCUCCACUCCCUCCGCGUCUUCGGGAGGGGGCUGAAGAGCAGGAGAGCAUCUGCCCCAUCUGCCUGGGGGAGAUCCAGAACGCCAAGACGCUGGAGAAGUGCCGCCACUCCUUCUGUGAGGGCUGCAUCACGAGGGCCCUGCAGGUGAAGAAAGCCUGCCCCAUGUGUGGCCGCUUCUACGGGCAGCUGGUGGGCAACCAGCCCCAGAAUGGGCGGAUGCUGGUCUCCAAGGAUGCCACCCUCCUGCUACCCAGCUAUGAGAAGUACGGCACCAUUGUCAUCCAAUACGUCUUCCCGCCCGGUGUCCAGGGGGCUGAACACCCGAACCCCGGAGUUCGGUAUCCUGGUACCACACGGGUGGCCUACCUCCCGGACUGCCCCGAGGGCAACAAGGUGCUGACCCUGUUCCGAAAGGCAUUUGACCAGCGCCUCACCUUCACCAUUGGCACGUCCAUGACCACAGGGAGACCCAACGUCAUCACUUGGAACGACAUCCACCACAAGACCAGCUGCACAGGGGGACCCCAGCUGUUUGGGUAUCCGGACCCCACCUACCUGACUAGGGUGCAAGAGGAACUGAGAGCCAAGGGUAUCACAGAUGACUGAAGGCCACCCCCCUUUGCCAAGGCCCCCCGCUGUCCUCUUCCACUAGGAUCCAACGGAAGCCUCCGUUCUCCUCUCUCUCUGCCCCCACACCACCCACACGAGGGGAUCUGUGCGACUGAGGUGGGAGUUCAGGGGGGGGGAAGGGGACCGUCCCUUCCCCUGCCCCCCCAUUGGCCAAGUGCUUCUGUGGCCUGUGAGCCACGCCCUCUGCAGCAGAGGCUGGUUCGGGGCUCCCUCCCUGCACUCCGUGUACAUACUCUAUACCCUGCUCCCCCAGCGUCCUUGGCUUUUCCCGGUAUGCACUGUUGUCCAGUGACUGGGCUGAGAAAGGACCUGGGUAGGGGACGGAGGUCUCGAGCCCCGGCCCCUGGACACUGUACUGUCUCACCUUGGACUGAAUUAGCUGCCACCCCCAGCCAGCUGUGUGUUAAGAUAACAGUAGUCCUACCUUAACGGGAUCCUUUCUCUCCUGUGUCUGUCUGUCAGUCUGUCUUUCUCUCGCUCUUCUCUACCCCUAUAAGGAGCCUCCUCACCCUGUUCUGGAAUUGCUGCCAGACUGUAGCUUUUAAUUUAAUAAAAAUAAAGUAAAAUAUGCAACUCGA